AUGCAGUGUAAAUGUAGGAAUGAACAAGUGAAACGUGGCAGAUCAACUGUUCAUCAAGUAGCAGUACAAGAAGAGGCUAAAACUGCAAUGGAAAAGAUAUACCAUUUUCUGCAAUUGAUUGCCUUCAUAUCUUUCUGUGCCUGCACUUCUUCAGAAUACAAUUUGAAAAAUACCACUCUCAGUUGUUCUAAUGGUCUUCGUGAAACCUUGCAAUCCCAACAAUUGAUGAACCAUUUGAUUCAGAAGUAUGCAUUCAAAUCAUUUAUGCAUGGCAAAUCAGGCAUUAUCUAUGAUGUAGAAGUGCCUCUCUUAAAGUGUGGAUUUAUCAAAGUGAAUGCAAUAAGGUUAAGAACUGGCAGAUUGAAGAGCAGGGGAAUUUCCUACAAUGAAUUUGAGAUACCUCCUGGGAUUGCAGUAGAGCCUCAUAUAGAGAGGCUUAUGCUUGUCUUUCACCAACUUGGAAAUGGGUUCUCUAAUUAUUACACUAAUACAGGGUCUAAGCUUGGAUAUAGGCUUGUGGCACCUAUAUUUGGACUUUUGGCUUAUGAUUGUCAUGGUUAUUCUCAGAGAGAACAGCAACCUCGCCUUUGGGCUGGGAAAAUACCCAUCAAAAUUAGUUUUGAAGGAAUUCAUUUGGCAGGGGGCACAAAACCUAUUUGUAUUCUGUUUGAUGUUGCUGGAACUGUGACUGUAAGCAAUAUGUCUUAUCCCAAUGUUUGUAUGACUCAUUCCCAAGGGCAGUUUUCUCUAGCUGUACCAAAUGCCGUUGCUCCUACAAUGGGUCCAGUGUCCAAUAAUGGUGCUUUUGCACCUACCCCACAAGAGCAAGCUUUCAAUGGCAGGCCCAUUUUUGCUAGGAAACCUCCCCCCUCAACAAAUCCAUAUGACAAUGUUAAUGUGAUUAUAGAAGUACCAGACAAAAGUCUUCCAAAAAAAUGGAAGUUGGAAACUGGGAUUCUUGUUGGAGGAUUUGUGUUAUUGGGAAUAACAUGGAUGGUGAUGUUUUGGAUAAUCAGGCAGAGGAGGAAUAAAAGGUUUAUGAAAAUGGAAACAGAAGCUGACCAAGGAGAGGCCUUGCAGACUUACAUUUUUAGUUUCAGCAGCAGAGCUCCUGCAGCACCAGGCCUUAGGACACAACCAAUGCUGGAGAAUGAAUACCACACAUAA